ACCCCUGGAGUGGGCCUGUAUCAGGUACUUCCGACGAGAGGAACGCAGGCCCGCUCCAUCUCGACCCCGCGGAGGGCCGAAUGUUGCAGUUCAACAGAGCUCUGCCCCACUCCAAGUUGUGCCAACGCGACGGAGUCUGCUAGACGAGGCUCCUCCUGAAACCGUCAACACAUAUCUCGAGCCAAUCUUCGCAUGGGAAAGAAGAAGAUUUAGCGAUCUCCAUCUUGCCUCGAAUCUGACAUCCGUCAUGGCCGAAGAGUCGAAGCAGGUCGAUCCGACCAAGGAGCAAGCGGCUCAGGAAGCUGCCGAUCAGACCGCCGACGCGACCAGCAAACAGGCUGCCCCCGAAUCGGAGGACGAGUCCGGCUCGGAAGCCGAUGUUGGCGCAACCCAAACAGCCGCUGGAGGUGGCGGCGAAGGGGCCGUAAAGAAGAAGAAAAAGAAGGGCAAGAAGAAGAAGGUCAAGCAAACGCUCUCUGACGCGCUGGGGCGAGGGGGACCGUCGGCAGCACAGGCCGAGGCCGAUCCCAAGAAGGCGCUUGAAGGUUUAACGCCGCAGCAAAUCAGCGAAUUCAUUGCCUUGAACCCGGCCCUUGCCAACGAGCUCCUUGGGGGGGAAGGAUCCUCCGACAUCACUUCCAAGGCUAUCGAGGCGUUCAAGAAGCUGAAACUUCAGGACAUCAUGACUGGCCUAGCAAGCAGCGGGAAGAACCGAAAGGAUAUGGCGUCGUACAAAUUCUGGAGUACCCAGCCCGUUCCUCAGUUCGGGGAGGAGGAGCCCAAGUUGAUCGAGGAGGGACCCUUGAAGAUCCAGAAGGUCGAGGACAUUGCGACGGAGCCCAUACCACUUGCUCUCGAGCCGUUCCGUUGGGUCACCAUGGACCUUACCAACGACUCGGAGUUGGAGGAGGUGGAGAAACUGCUCUACGGGCACUAUGUGGAGGACGAUGAAGCCAUGUUCAGGUUCAGAUACUCCAAGUCGCUGUUGAAAUGGUCUCUUUUGUCCCCAGGCUGGAGAAAGGAAUGGCACGUCGGGAUCCGCAGCGGCAACACGCUCUGCGCAUUCAUCUCGGCCAUCCCUACCGAGAUGCGCGUACGGGACAAGAUCAUUCGUAGCUCCGAGGUCAACUUUCUCUGCGUCCACAAGAAACUAAGAGGCAAGCGACUCGCACCCGUCCUCAUCAAGGAAAUCACCCGGCGCGUCAACCUGGAGGGCAUCUGGCAGGCCAUCUACACGGGCGGGAUCGUUCUCCCGCGGCCAGUAAGCACGUGCCGCUACUACCACCGCGCGCUGAACUGGAUGAAGCUGUACGAGGUGGGAUUCAGCCCGUGUCCGCCAAACAGCAAGCCGGCGUACCAGGCGAGGAAGUACAACCUCCCAGACCACACGUCGACCCGCGGGCUUCGGGAACUGGAGGCGAAGGAUCUGGAGGCCGUUCACGAUCUCCUCGAACGGUACUUGAAGCGGUUUGACCUCACUCCGGUGUGGGAUAGGACCGAGGCCGAGCACUGGCUGCUGCACAAGAAGGACUCACAAGAUGAGCAGGUGGUCUGGUCAUAUGUGGUCGAGGACGAAAAUGGCAAGAUCACCGACUUCUUCUCCUUUUACUGCCUCGAAUCGUCAGUCAUCCAGUCAACCAAGUACUCAUCCAUCCGUGCCGCCUACCUGUUUUACUACGCGACCGAGGUGGUCUUUACGGCUCCCGACGACCGCUCGGCGCUCAAGGCCCGCCUGAACGCCCUGAUGGCCGACGCGCUUAUCCUAGCCAAGCGUCACAAUUUCGACGUAUUCAACGCGCUGUCACUCAUGGACAACUCGCUAUUCUUGGAGCAGCAGAAGUUUGGGCCCGGCGACGGGCAGCUGCAUUACUACCUCUUCAACUACAAGGCGAAUCCGAUCCACGGCGGCGUCAACAAGAGGAACCAGCUGGAAGAAGGCGUGUCGAGCGGGGUCGGGUUUGUCAUGCUUUGAAGGCGGGUUCAUUCAGUUGAAGCCAGUGAGGGGAGGCAGGCGACUCUGAAAUACGUCGGCAGAUACCACCAAGAAUGCAGAAAAAGAUGAAAUACCGGCGCCUUGCUACACGUACAAAAUUAUGGUCUCAUUAUUUGCGUUGUU